AUGUCCGCCGCUACCAUCCCUGCCCCGUCUGCGGACCAGGACUACAAGUCCACCCUUCUGCCGCUCUUGAUCUCGAACAACGUUCUCUCCUUCGGCACCUUUACACUCAAGUCCGGACGUGAAUCGCCCUACUUCUUCACAUCCUCUCGCCUGCACACGGCGCCCCUCCUGCGCGCCUCCUCGGCCGCCUACGCGAGUGUGCUCUCCGCCGAGCCUUUCGUGACCAAGGCCGCGGACGGCUCGAUCAAGCCAAACUUUGACAUUAUCUUCGGCCCGGCCUACAAGGGAAUUCCUAUCUGUGCGGCCGUUACCAACGAGCUAGCCGUGCGCGAUUCGCUCUCCGGCUCAUCUCAAGGUACCUGGGAUAAUGUGAGCUACUCCUUCAACCGGAAGGAAGCCAAGGCUCACGGCGAGGGGGGAAAUAUCGUGGGCGCUGCGCUCAAGGGCAAGCGUGUCGUGAUCGUCGACGAUGUGAUCACGGCAGGAACUGCUUUGCGGGAAGCUGUCGGGAUCAUCGAGCAAGAAGGCGGCAUUGUCGCUGGUGUUGUAGUCCUGUUGGACCGCGAAGAACGCGUGAGCGACUCAGAGCCGAAGAGCGCGAUUGGCGUUGCUCAGCGUGACCUCGGCGGCAACAUCCCCAUUCGCGCUGUGAUCGGUUUGCACGACCUGAUCGAGAAGCUGGGCGACAAGAUCGGCACCGCCGAAGUUCAACGGCUGAAAGACUACCGGGCUCGUUAUGGUGCGGAGUAG